UCACCACCAACACCACCAACACCAUCACCACAAUCACCUCCACCACCAUCACCAUCACCACCACCAUCUCCCCCAUCACCAUCACCACCACCACCACCAUCACCACCAUCACCAUCACCACCACCACCAUCAUCACCACCACCACCACCAUCACCACCACCACCACCACCAUCACCACCACCACCACCAUCACCACCACCACCAUCAAAACCAUCACCACCAUCACCACCAUCACCACCACCACCACCAUCACCACCACCACCAUCACCACCAUCACCACCACCACCACCAUCACCACCAUCACCAUCACCACCAUCACCACCUUCACCACCAUCACCACCAUCACCACACUCACCACCAUUACCACCAUCACCACCAUCAUCACCACCACCACCAUCACCACCACCACCAUCACCUCCACCACCAUCACCAUCACCACCACCAUCUCCCCCAUCACCAUCACCACCACCACCACCAUCACCACCAUCACCAUCACCACCACCACCAUCAUCACCACCAUCACCACCAUCACCACCACCACCAUCACCACCACCACCAUCAUCACCACCAUCACCAUCACCACCAUCACCACCACCACCACCAUCACCACCACCACCAUCACCACCAUCACCAUCACCACCAUCACCACCUUCACCACCAUCACCACCAUCACCACACUCACCACCAUUACCACCAUCACCACCAUCAUCACCACCACCACCAUCACCACCACCACCAUCACCUCCACCACCAUCACCAUCACCACCACCAUCUCCCCCAUCACCAUCACCACCACCACCACCAUCACCACCAUCACCAUCACCACCACCACCAUCAUCACCACCAUCACCACCAUCACCACCACCACCAUCACCACCACCACCAUCAUCACCACCAUCACCACCACCAUCAUCACCACCAUCACCACCAUCACCAUCAUCCUCACCAUCAGCAUCAUCAGCACCACCAGAACCACCACCAUCACCAUCACCACCACCAUCUCCCCCAUCACCAUCACCACCACCACCACCAUCUCCCCCAUCACCAUCACCACCACCACCACCAUCACCACCAUCACCAUCACCACCACCACCAUCAUCACCACCAUCACCACCACCACCAUCAUCACCACCAUCACCAUCACCACCAUCACCACCACCACCACCAUCACCACCACCACCAUCACCACCAUCACCAUCACCACCAUCACCACCUUCACCAGCAUCACCACCAUCACCACACUCACCACCAUUACCACCAUCACCACCAUCAUCACCACCACCACCAUCACCACCACCACCAUCACCUCCACCACCAUCACCAUCACCCCCACCAUCUCCCCCAUCACCAUCACCACCACCACCACCAUCACCACCAUCACCAUCACCACCACCACCAUCAUCACCACCAUCACCACCAUCACCACCACCACCAUCACCACCACCACCAUCAUCACCACCAUCACCACCACCAUCAUCACCACCAUCACCACCAUCACCAUCAUCCUCACCAUCAGCAUCAUCAGCACCACCAGUACCACCACCAUCACCACCACCACCACCAUCACCACCAUCACCACCCCCACCAUCACCAUCACCACCAUCACCACCCUCACCACCAUUACCA